AUGCGUCUUGAUGUUGCUGUAAAACAAUUGGCCGGUCUUGUUUCUUUUUUUGAAAAAUAUAGAGAAAAUGAUUUUGCUUUAGCUAUGGUUGAUGCAAAAAAAAUAGCAUUUGAUAUGGAAAUUGAGUCUGUAUUUCCUACAAAACGUAAAAUUAGUAGAAAAAGACAUUUUGAUGAGAUUGCUAAUACUGAAAGGGAAAAUCAAUCACUGGAAGAGUCUUUUCGAACAAAUUAUUUUAUCUUAGUAGUCGAUAUUGCUCUUGGGCAAUUGAAAAUCUCAACCAAGUUGCCUCUUGAAUUUCCUGAUGGAACAACUCCAGUAACAUGCCAGCUUGGAGAGGAAUUAUGGUUCACUGUUGGAGGUCAGCAUAUUCCUUUUGGUGCAUCACCACAGCAAAAAUGGCCGAUAUCAUUUCCAGCAUCACUUCAUUCUUCACUUGUUUCAAGGAUUGCUGCUUUCAAUCUUGCAACUACAUCGUGUCGUACGAGGGAACCAUCUCCUCCUUUGCUGCGGAGCUGGCCCAACUCAAAGAGCAAACGCGAGGAUAUCAAGAGGCAAAUCGACGCAGCCGAAAGGGAUGGGCUCAAUCCAAAGCGAGAAGUCAUCGACUGGCUUCAAUCCGUCGAAGCCCUCGCUUCUGAGGCUGAAAACAUAAACGCCGCCUACCGCCAGAUGUUCAAGUGUUUCUGUAACUUUCCGGUCAAUGUGUGCUCCAGCUACUCCCUCAGAAACAGAGCUGAGGCGGCGCUCAUGGAGUUGGUGGAACUAAAAGGCCAUGCAAGAGAUGAUGACAUCAGCAUCAUUGGGAUACAUGGCAUGGGCUGCGUUGGCAAGACGGCAAUUUUGAGAAGAUUCAACAAUGAUUUUGAAGAGAAGGAACUGGACAAUCUGGAUGUCGUCAUCUACCUCGAGUUAUCGACGGGGUACAAAGUGGAGGAGCUCCAGAGGUCCCUCUUCGAUCGAUUGAAACUCAAAUGGCAAGACGAGGAGCCGCAGAGGAACAGAGCCUACCGCCUUUUCCGCGUGCUGAGCAAGAUGAGAUUUUUAUUGUUGCUGGAUAGCGUAUGGGAGCCCUUGAACAGCCAGGUCGUGGGAAUUCCACUUCCCCAACCGCCGUCCAAGAGCAAGAUCGUGUUCGCCACCCGCAUGGAGGAGGUCUGCAGCCGCAUGGGCGCAGAGAAGAUUAUCAAACUGGAAUGCUUAUCGGAGGAGGAGGCUUGGGAUCUCUUCAGAUUCAACGCGAAGCUGGAUCUUGCCGGCACCAACCAAUUGAUACAGAAUCUGGCGAGAACUUUGGCCCGACAGUGCGCUGGCUUGCCGGAGGCGCUCAUCACCGUGGCGCGAGCAAUGGCAAACAAAAGGACGAUAGCGGAGUGGAGACAUGUGCUGGCCAUCAUGAAGGAGGCUCCGUUCUACGACACAUUGCGAACGUGCGUGUCCUACUUCGCACAAGCACCUGGAGCUGAGAAGGAGAGCAAAUGGAUGAUAGGAGAUCGACGUGGUCUAACAGAAGCACCUGGAGCCGAGAAGUGGAGAGUAGUCGAGAGGAUUUCUUUGGGCUGUAACAACAUAACUGUUCUUCCUGACGAGCCUCAGUGUCCUGACUUGAUCUACUUGAGUCUCCGAUACAAUCAUCCUCUCAAGAACAUACCCAAUGAGUUUUUCUCUCACAUCCCUUGUCUCAGGAGCCUGGAUCUUCGGAACACUUCCAUAGAAGAGCUUCCAGAUGGGAUUGCUACACAUUUGAGAAGCAUUCCUUGCGCUGUCAUUCCUUGUCUUCACCAACUGCAAUGGCUGAAUAUGAACAACAUUUACAGUGGGUGGAGGGUGAUGGGUGCCCUGCAAUUGGAUGGAGAGGGGAUACUUCUCGAUGAGGUAGAAAGCUUGAAGAAAUUAAAGGUUCUUGGCAUCACCAUGAGCUCAGAAACUGCUCUUCGAAGAUUCUGCCAGUCGCAAAGACUAGCAGCCGCUGGCCAUUGGCUCCAGAUUGAAGGCUGCAGAGGCUUGGCUAGUCUCAAUAUUCCAUUUACUUGCUGUCUUGGAAAAAAUAUGCAGAAUAUGAUAAUGAUCCUACUCCAUGCGAUGCAUGAUCUUGAAGAGGUAAUGAUUGGUGGUGAUCUUCAUGUGCUCAAUGCUCUGUCGUGCCUUGAAUACCUUCGUCUCUUGGCUCUCCCAAAAGCUAAGAUUAUCUGGAAGAACAGGUGUUUAGUGAAUCUAUGUGUGCUGGAAAUCAAAGAUUGCAGUGUAAUUGAUCGGCUACUGAAGUUGGAAGACCAUGAAACUAAUUCUACAGAGACUAUUGCAACCUUUCCUAGACUAACAAAAAUUGUGCUUCGAAAGCUACCGGAGUUGGAGAGUUUGAGUGACAGAGAUCGAGUAAGAGCAUUUCCUUCUCUGAAAACCAUGGAAGCGAGGAAUUGUCCCAAGCUAAAGAAGCUGACAUUGGUUGCUGAAAAUCUGACUGAGAUCAAAUAUGACAAAGAAUGGCGGGAUGAGCUAGAUUGGUCAGAUGAAAGAACAUUGUCCUUCCAGAAACUCCUCAAGUAAGCGGAUUGAAGAAUCAUCGUCUGGAUUGGUGAGUUUUUCACUGGUUGCAGUGUGUUUUUGAGAUAGCUAUAUCUGCAUGACUAAUAGACUCUAGUUACACUUGCUAAUAGAAUCUAUCACAAUCUCUGAAUCACACAAGUUUUCUAGAAAGUUCAUUGCUGUUCAUUCUGCCGAAUGACAGUAUGUUGCGGUGGUGUCUUCUCUCUCGAAGUUCUUGAAGACGGUCCCUUUUUAUCGCUUUGAAGUACUUUUGGUUUAGUCGGUUUGUGUGUGCUGGGAAAGAUAACCCGUAGAGUUCAGAUACAAGCUAUUCUCUCGAAAGUUAUGGGAAUAAACUUUGCACUGAUGGAGCAGCUUCUAUGAUGCCAGGGAUUCCCAAAACUUGAGCACCUGAAGUUUCCUGUAUUCCGAUUCAGCUUCUACAUCG